AUGAGGCCUUUUCCUACCCCAAGGCCUGCGGCUAUUUGUGAUUUGUGGCAUCUGUCAGCUACCGGUUAUUGUUUUCCGGUCACCCCCAGUUGCAAUGUUCACAUCCGCUACUCUGCGUGGACUCCGUUCUUCGGACUAUCCAUCCUCUUUUUCGUUUCUGUUACCGUUUCCUGCGUUUCCGCUUUAGUUGGGACCGGAUCAAUAUCGACAAGUCACUCCGUCGCUAAAGGAAGGCCACAAUUACGUGUAGUCAUGGCGGCUGAGCCCGCGGACAGGGGUUGUGGUCCCAUUAGUGCAGCCAAGAAAGUCACACUUCUGAUUGACGACAUGAUUCGGUCUGGUAAGUACAAAAUACUAUUUGAUGCCCUUAAGUCGUUCCGCAACGGAUUUGUCUACGGCGCUCGUAUUCGCGCUCCUCAUGCCCUUGUGCUCAACUUGGUUUGGAGUAGCGCACCGUACAGCGUCAUUGCCCGUCGCGUAUUCGAUGCCACGCGUCAGCACGCCCUUCGACUGGGUGCCACUGCUUUCACGUUUUCGCUGCUCCGCUCGCUAAUGGCUUUGGUAGAGGGGAGGCAACGACCCUGGCAUAGCGUGGUGGCGGGGUUCAUUAUUGGUUGCUUGUAUUGGGGUGAACAAGGUGCUGUGACUGUCCAGAUGAGUAUGUACAUCCUCUCCCGCAUAUUAAGUGCGUUGUUUUUCAUUCUAAUGGAGAGGUUGGCUGUUACAACCUCUGUUCACCCACCUCCUUGGGCAUUUCGGUUGUACUCGGGUGUGCUGUGGAUGUUCGUGAUGCCCCUUUUCUUAUACCACAGGGAGGCGCUGCAACCAACGAUGCGCACAUCUAUGCAGUACAUAUACGAGGACUGUACGCGUUACAGCAACUGGUAUAACUUACUUUGCUUUAACAGUGAUACUUCCUUUUAA